UACGGCUCCGCUGAUAUAGAAGCGCCCGGGGACGCAGAGACAGCUCCGCAGCCACCUCAUCCGGUCUCCAGAGCCAGAGCCACAGAGGCCCGUCAACACCGGCCCAUCUGCGGGUACCAGCAGCGCCACCACCAUGCGGGAAAUCGUGCACCUGCAAGCCGGGCAAUGCGGCAACCAGAUCGGGGCCAAGUUCUGGGAAGUUAUCAGUGAUGAACACGGCAUCGACCCCACCGGGACCUAUCACGGGGAUAGUGACCUCCAGUUGGAAAGAAUCAAUGUCUACUACAAUGAGGCCACAGGUGGAAAUUAUGUUCCCAGAGCCGUGCUGGUUGACCUGGAACCUGGCACCAUGGACUCCGUCCGCUCCGGCCCUUUUGGCCAGAUCUUCAGGCCAGACAACUUUGUGUUCGGUCAAUCCGGAGCCGGCAACAACUGGGCCAAGGGUCACUACACGGAGGGCGCGGAGUUAGUGGACGCGGUCCUGGACGUGGUGCGGAAGGAGGCGGAAAGCUGUGACUGUCUGCAGGGCUUCCAGCUCACACACUCGCUGGGCGGCGGCACCGGCUCCGGCAUGGGGACCCUGCUCAUCAGCAAGAUCCGGGAGGAGUUCCCGGACAGGAUCAUGAACACCUUCAGCGUGGUGCCGUCGCCCAAGGUGUCCGACACGGUGGUGGAGCCCUACAACGCCACGCUGUCGGUGCACCAGCUGGUGGAGAACACCGACGAGACCUACUGCAUCGACAACGAGGCCCUGUACGACAUCUGCUUCCGCACGCUCAAGCUCACCACGCCCACCUACGGGGACCUCAACCACCUGGUGUCAGCCACCAUGAGCGGGGUGACCACCUGCCUGCGCUUCCCAGGCCAGCUCAACGCGGAUCUUCGGAAGCUGGCGGUGAACAUGGUGCCCUUCCCUCGCCUGCAUUUCUUCAUGCCGGGAUUCGCGCCCCUGACCAGCCGGGGCAGCCAGCAGUACCGGGCCCUCACCGUGCCCGAGCUCACCCAGCAGAUGUUCGACGCCAAGAACAUGAUGGCCGCGUGCGACCCGAGGCACGGCCGCUACCUGACGGUGGCUGCCGUCUUCCGGGGGCGCAUGUCCAUGAAGGAGGUGGACGAGCAGAUGCUGAGCGUGCAGAGUAAGAACAGCAGCUACUUCGUGGAGUGGAUCCCCAACAACGUCAAGACGGCCGUGUGUGACAUCCCCCCUCGGGGCCUGAAGAUGGCAGCCACCUUCAUCGGCAACAGCACCGCCAUCCAGGAGCUCUUCAAGCGCAUCUCGGAGCAGUUCACCGCCAUGUUCCGGCGCAAGGCCUUCCUGCACUGGUACACGGGCGAGGGCAUGGACGAGAUGGAGUUUACGGAAGCAGAGAGCAACAUGAACGACCUGGUGUCCGAGUACCAGCAGUACCAGGAUGCCACGGCCGAGGAGGGCGAGUUCGAGGAGGAGGCCGAAGAGGAGGUGGCCUAAGCCUCCUGCUGCCGUCGCUCUGCCCCUGCGGCCCACCAGCGAAGCUUUGACCCCAAGCGGCCCCACCCCCUCGGAUCCCGGGAGGGUCUUCCUUGUGCCCCACUAACACUGUCCACGCCUAGAACCCUGUUGCUUAACUUGCUUCACCCCGCUUUCUCUCCAACCCUGCCUGGAAGGGUUCUCCUAAUUCCCAUGACUCCCGCCCCCCACACCCACACUUCACCUCCGACGGCGCUUCCCCGUACUCUGAACCGUUCCCCACCUCUGACAUCCUCAGAUACCUCUCUAGAUCUUGAGUUACGUUUCCCCAUGCCCCGAGCGCCCUCCCUGGUGCUCAGUUGCUACCAGCUUGGCUUUACCAGGGAAGAGCAGGAAGGAGAGGAAAGAGAGGCCUGUGGCCUGGGGUGACAGAGCUCCUCCCCGCUGCCUACCCCACCCUGCUCUCUGAUGAUCAAUAAAUGAGUCAUUGCUUUGA